AUGUCCUCCACUCUCCCAGAUGCCUCCAAAGUCGGACUCCCCGCCUCCGAUGCCACCAGCGCCGCCGAACUCGCCAGUCUUAAGGUAAGACUGCGCGGCGCUCUGCGCCAGUUCCCGGAUUUCCCCUCUCCGGGAAUUUUGUUCGAGGAUAUCCUGCCCAUUUUCGCCGAUCCUAGUUUGCACGAGGCUCUGAUCCGCUCCUUGGAACUUCACGUUCUCGCCAACUACGACCAGAAGCCUGAUGUCAUUGUCGGCCUCGAGGCCCGUGGCUUCCUGAUGGGUCCCAGUCUGGCGCUGCGUCUGGGUGCCAGCUUCGUCCCCGUGCGCAAGCAGGGCAAGCUUCCCGGUCCUUGCGAGACCCAGGGCUACGAGAAGGAGUAUGGUCAGGAUUUCUUCCAGAUGCAGUCCGAUUCCAUCAAGCCCGGCCAGAAGGUCCUUGUUAUUGAUGACAUUAUUGCUACUGGUGGCUCUGCCAAGGCCGGUGGUGAGCUGAUCCAGAAGAUGGGCGGCGAGCUCCUCGGCUUCAUCUUCCUCCUCGAGCUGGAGUUCCUUCACGGACGCGACAAGCUCCCCGCGCCGGUUUACACUCUCCUGUCUGGCCAGGCUUAA